GACACCAUCUCGUGGCUUCUUCCAUUGUGACACUCUAUGCAUACCGUACGGUUGUACUUCUGCUUCACAAGAAACUGUUUGUCAUUGGACUAGUAAAACUCGAUCGAUAGAUUCUGUACGGAACAGCCUAACCUUCGAMACGACAACAAUACMAAAAAAAACACAACAACAAUGCCCAGAUCAACUUCCUCCAAAGCAUUGGUCGCCCUCUUGCUUCUGGUGGUGGCCCUUGCGUCGGCCAUCCGAACCCCCGAAUCCUUUCCGCAGCACUCGAUUUACCAAUCGUCGCAGCUCCGACAGCGACGACAACACCAGCAGCAGCAUGCCACCGCCGCUGCCGUGGUCGAAACCACCCCCAGGGGAGGAAAAACCGAAGCCGCACCCAAGCCGGCGAUCCUGGAUCCCGCCGUCACGGGCACUGUCGUUCUGACCGUCAUCGAGCGCAUCGUCAACAAGAUAUUCGUCGACGCGGGCAUCAACUUCCCGGCCCAGCUCGGCGGCUGCGGGAUCCUCUUUGCCUUUUUGGUCCUGGCSGACGCCGUCGUCCCGGGCCUCGGAAACUCCAUCUUCGAAUACCUKACGCCGGGAACYACCCUUCUGACCAAGUGGCUCCCCGUCUUUUUCGUUCCGGGACUGGCCAUGCUUCCGCUGGCUCCCAGCGUUGGAUCCGGACUGGAGGUACGUCGCCCAAAAAAAGAGCAAGGGUUAUGGCACAUCAGAAUGCGUAGAAUGGAAUCCUGUCAAUGAGUUUCAAUGCAAACGAUGCUUUCGUUCCUUGCGUUCCAAUUUUUUCUGCUCUGCAGCCUUUCUCACACUUGUUUCUCACCAUGAUUGUCGACAAUACAGGUCGCCAAGGUGCUCUUGGUUACGGGUCUUGGAUUUAUUUACACCCUGUACACGGUCGCCUACACGGUUUUGUUYUUGAGAAAAUUGGAUGGAAAGAUCGCUCCCGCAGYGCCGGCAAAGGCCGCCAAGAAGAGUGCCGCGGUCGCUUCGGGUCCACCCGCCAAGCCCUUCAGCGCGGAGGCWAUGUCCUUUCUCAUGAAGGCAUCGAUCGCAACGGGAAUCGGUAGCUUGCUAACGGAAAAAUUCAUGGCCGGUGCCGUCUGGGAAUCGCCCCUGAAGGCCGCUUUCUUCUUUGUCGCGACCUUUGCGAGCUACGUCGGAUGCGCCCGGGGGCCACCCGCAAUCACCAAGGCCGUCCAUCCUCUCUUGACGUCGACCUUUGUGGUUUGGGGACUUCUGUACGCAUAUGGGGCCGCGACCGGUUCCGCAAGCUUUGCKGACUCUGUCCGAAGCUACAAGACCAGCAGCUUGGCCUGGAACGCGGCCGGAGCCGGUGACCUCCUUCUGUUUUGUCUCGGACCGUCAGUGGUCAGUUUCGCUGUCAGCAUGUACAGCCGCAAAAAGCUCAUGCUCGAAAACUUCAAGAUUGUCGUCGCCGCGUUCUUGGUCUCGAGUUUCGGAACCCUCUUCGGAACGGCCGCCUUUACCAAGUUGAUUCGUCUCGGUGGCGCRUCCGGAAACUCCCUGAUGAUCCGAUUGUCCAUGCUGGCACGAAACAUUACGACGGCCCUUGCUAUCCCAGUGACCACUAUGCUGGGAGGAGACAUUUCCAUUGCGGUCGUCGUUGUCGUCUUGACGGGUAUCAUCGGUGCUCAAUACGGAAGAAAAUUGAUGGACUUUGCCAAUAUCCAAGAUCCCAUCACGCGUGGAUUGGCCGUUGGCAGUGCCGCCCAAGGUUUGGGUGUCUCGAGCAUGGUGUCGGAGGUCGAYGCAUUCCCGUUUGCCGCGAUGGCAAUGGCCCUGACAGCCGUGGCAGGAACGAUUAUUGUUGCCGUACCCGAAGUGAAGGAUGCUAUUGUGGGCAUUUGCAGUUGAUUCUGUGCUUCAGAAAGGCAUUAGAACGUAAUUGUUSUUGUCKUUACAUGAGAUACGAGAGAAAKGAAUCGCAGAAGAGAAGAAUGAAAAGUUUCAUCAUAC